AACAGUGUCAAUAAACAUCACACUUUUUAAGUGUACGUUUUUAGUUGAGCAGUUCAAAUUCGAAAAUAAGAAAUAUAGUAUAUUUUGAAUUCGCUAAGAAGGUGACAUGAAUUAUAUAAGUAGUAUCAUAAAUAAAUCUUUUCGAAAGCAUGUAUGAAAGAUUUCUUUAUAAAAACACACGGAACGUCUCCAAGGGCAUCUAUAAAGAAUUAAAAGAUAAACAAUUUUAACAAUAAUUGUUGCUAUAUUUCAAGUGACUCGGUAAAAUGUUUAGAAAAAUUAGUUUUUUAGAUGGUCGAUCUAGUCUUUCCCUUUCGGACCCUUAUAAGCCAAUCUUUAUUAUCAAUUUCGCCAACGUUCAAUGACGUUUUUAAAUCAUUCUUCUCAAGGCACAAGUAUUGAACAACAAUUACAUUUAUGUCAAAACAAUUUUCUUUGCGUAAUUUUUAACAGGAAUCGUCAGAAGAAAGAUUACCGAUAAAAAUGUAAAUUUCGCUCAAUACUUGCACCAUGAAAAGGGUAAUUUAGAAACGUCAACAAAAUAUCGGUGAAAUUAAUGAUAAAGAUUGAGUUGGAAGGAUCUAAAAGGGACAGAUUUGAUUGGUUACCUAAAACCUCGUUUUCGUAAACAAUUCUAUUGUUAGAUUCUACGUAGAAACUUAAAAAAUGUUAUAAAUCUAUGUGUUACAUAUACCUUGAAAAUAAUUGAUAAACGUAGUAAAUAUAAAAAAAUUUAUUAAUAUUGAUCGAUUAUUAAUUAUUAUUUAUGGUAUUUGGCACAAAAAUGAAACUUUUUAUGUGAUAAAGACUAUUUGAAUAAUUCAAUAAAUGAUAAUGAUCAAUGUUAUUUUCAUAAAUGUUUAUCGAAACCUUUGCUGGUGCAGUAUGUACAUACAAUAUUUAAAUAUAAGUGUGUAGGUAGAUGAAAGACACUUUCAAUUUUGAUAAGGUAAAUGCAUCGAUUGUCAUAAUUUCUUAAUAUGGAUAUCACAAUAAUCUUAUUUUUUACGUUAUUGAAUCCGGGUACACGAAGUAUAUAAAUUGCUGGAAGUUACACAGAGCAUAAGAAAGUUUUUGUCAGGAGUAAUUAGAGUAUCAAUAGAAAAAGUUUUGCAGUAAUAGUUGCAAUUUUUUCAAUAAGCAUUUUACCAAAAUGAAAAUUUUAUUAAUCAAUAUUUGUUUUAUAUUACUAAUCAAUUUUGUUAGCAGUACUGAUGCGAUAAAUAAUGAAGCAUUUUCUAAUGCAAAAUGCAUUAAAGAAGGAGAAGAUUGUAAAAAAAAUAGAGAUUGCUGUUCAUCGAUGAAAUGUGACAAGCAAACUAAAACUUGUCAAAAAAGAAAGUGUCACAGUGAGCGAGAAUGGUGCAUAUCUAGUCAACAAUGUUGCUGGGGAAUGAGAUGUAACAGAACUAUUUAUCAGUGUGAAAAGCACACUUGUCAAGAAAAUGAACCAUGUUCAUCUAUGGAGAAUUGUUGUAAGGGAAUGAUUUGUUCACCUUUGUCCCAUAUAUGUGUUCGAAUUUGCUCAAAUCAAGAAGAAUCGUGCAAAUCCAACAAAGACUGCUGUGACGAUAUGAUGUGUAAUAUGGAUAAAAAUGUAUGCGAGAAAAAAGAAAUGUGUCAUCAGGAAGAUGAAAACUGCAACUCCAACGAAGACUGCUGUGACGGUAUGAUGUGCAACAUGGAUAAAAAUGUAUGCGAGAAAAAAGAAAUGUGUCACCAGGAAAAUGAAAACUGUAACUCCAACGAAGACUGCUGUGACGGUAUGAUGUGCAACAUGGAUAAAAAAGUAUGCGAGAAAAAAGAAAUGUGUCACCAGGAAAAUAAAAACUGUAACUCCAACGAAGACUGUUGUGACGGUAUGAUGUGCAACAUGGAUAAAAAUGAAUGCGAGAAAUAAAUCUGUCGUCGCAAACAUGAAAUGUGCAGUUAGACCAAAGGCUGCUGUAAUGGUAUGAUGUACAACACUGAUUUUGAGUGAAAAUGAACAAUGAAUACUUUUAAAUAAUAAAUGAUAAACUUUUAUCAUGAAAUACAAA